AUGACGAUUGACUCAGUCACGGAAUUCUUCUUUGGUGAAAGCGUUGAGAGCCAAUUGGCUGCGCUGCGUGGUCUGCAGCGUCCCGAGGGUUCGUUCGCCUACUACUUCGAGAAAUCGCAGUGGGUGUGCGCCCAACGAUCUCGCUUUGAGAAGCUAUCAUUCCUCGCGGAUAACAAGGAGACCCGGUACUCAGACCAGCAAGUGCACGCCUUCGUGGAUAAGUUCGUGGACAAGGCUCUGAAUGCCGUGCCAAAUGAGAAGCGCGUGGGCGAAGAGAAGGGGCAGUACGUCUUCCUUGAUGCCCAAGUCGCUACAACUCGUGACCUAAUUGAGAUACGCUCCCAACUUCUGAACAUCCUACUCGCUGGCCGAGACACCACCACUUCGCUGCUGAGUUGGACCGUUCUGAUGCUGGCACACCACCCUGAGACCUUCGGCACCUACUCUUCCCCGCAGAACAUCACCUUCGCCUCGCUCAAGUCCUGCAACUACCUCCAGUACUGCAUGAACGAGUCUCUUCGACUGUUCCCCGUGGUCCCGUUCAACCGUCGCUCCGCUACUCAGGACACAACCCUGCCACGCGGCGGUGGGCCGGACGGCCAGUCCCCUGUGUUCGUCUGGAAGGGAUAG